GUCAACGAUCAGGUUACCGUUGCAGUCGAAUCGUUUCGUCUGUCACACGUGUUUCCUUGUGUUCAUAUAGUAGAAACCCGUCCGACAAGCAACGUAUCAAAACCCGGAAUUUUGCUACAAUUUCGCCGACCUAACCUGUGAAAAUCAGUCCAAAAGAGGAAGCAGUCUCAGUCCAUCCAGCAACAAACAUAACCUUGACAAGUUUCUGCCAAGAAGUGACUCAGUGCAACAACCUGAUAAGAUUAAUCGAGUCCAUUGGCAAAUACGAAAACAAAAUGGAGUGGUGGGUAAUAAUUGCAAUAAUGGUCGCAGUACUCACGGUGACCUACUACCACCUAACUCGAAACAUCCGUUUCUUCGAGGAACGCAACAUCCCAUGGCUCAAAGGCAACCCGCUGCUAGGAAGCAUCUUAAAAACAGUGUUUCAGACAGACACGUUCGCCGAUGUUAUCAAGGAAGCCUACAACGUGCACUCUGAGGCCAAGUACGUUGGCUUCUUCGACUGCUUGAAGCCGGUGAUCGUCGUCAGGGACCUGGAUCUGAUCAAAUCGAUCACUGUAUCCAACUUCGAGCACUUCCCGGAUCAUAUAAGCGUCAAUAACGAGAAAGUGGAACCAAUUUUCAAGAAAAACUUGUUCUCCCUUCGAGGUGAAAGGUGGAAGGAGAUGAGGACUGUCCUCAGCCCAGCCUUCACGUCUAGCAAGAUGAGGCUGAUGUUUCUGUUGAUGAACGAUUGCGCAAAAGACUAUGCGAACCACCUGGAGAAUCUGAAAGGCGACGAGUCCAUUAUUGAUCUCAAGGACGCGUUCACCAAGUACACAAACGAUGUGAUCGCCACCUGUAUCUUUGGCGUGAACGUGAAUUCUAUGAAGGAUCCGAGGAACAAGUUCUACGUGCUGGGGAGAGAGGCUACUAGCUUUGGAGUGUGGGCAUCUCUCAGAUUCUUCGUGGUGAAGACUGCUCCCUGGCUAGCUGAGCUGUUCGGUAUCAAUAUCGUGAGGAAUGAGAUCACGAAAUUCUUCAAGGACGUGGUGGAGACCACGGUAAAGACCAGGGACGAGAAAAACAUAGUUCGUCAGGACGUGAUUCAGAUCAUGAUGGAGACUAGAGGGAAAAUGGGCCCGGGUAAGGAACUGUCUGUGAUGGAUAUAAUGGUUCACGCGUUCGCUUUCUAUUUCGGUGGGUUCGAGAGCACCUCUACUCUCAUGUGCUUCGCUGCUUACGGAGUGGGUGUGAACGAGGAGAUCCAAAGGAGGUUACAGGCGAAGAUCGACCAAGUUCUGGAGAAGUGCCAAGGAGAAGUCACGUAUGAGGCUAUCAACGAAAUGAAGUACCUGGAUGCUGUCGUUUACGAGAGUCUCAGAAUGUACCCUGCAGUUGCCGUUGCUGACAGAGUGUGCAUGAAACCGUUCGAACUGCCACCACAUCUGCCAGGUGCAAAGCCACACGUCGUGCAGAAGGGUGAUGGCUUGUGGAUACCGGUCUAUGGGAUCCAACACGAUCCAAAGUAUUUCCCGGAGCCGGAGAAGUUCAAUCCUGACAGGUUCAACGGUGAUCCUAAGCAGUUUCUCAGCGCUGCGUCGCUGAUAGCCUUCGGUAUGGGGCCCAGGAUGUGCAUCGGUAACAGAUUCGCGUUGCUGGAGUCGAAGGUGUUGCUGUUUCACAUAUUCGCAAAGUGUGAUCUCGUUCCCUGCUCGAAGACAAUCAUACCGAUGAAGUUGAGCAAGAAAGGGAUCGCUAUGACGGCUGAGAACGGGUUCUGGUUCAAGAUCCAACCGAGGAGCAACAAGAAAGCUGGAGUAGAGAAAAUUGUAGACCCAGGGACGAUAUACUGUAUAUUAUCUGUCAUCAAAUGUGCUAAUGCAGCGAACCUAUCCUCGAAUAUCUUCCAUAUCCAAGAUGAUGGUACAGGAAGGAUGAAUUAUCUCAGAAACGGCGUAAGAAUAAUUAAAUGCAUAUAUACUGUCAAGAAUGAAAAUCUAACAAGCGAUCAACUUCAAACUUUGGCAGAGCAUUUAAACGACGAUCAAUUCCAAGCUUUGGUGGAUCACUUAACCUCCCAGCAAUUAAAAACUCUCGCUCAGGAGUUGAAUGAGACGGAAUGUUGGGGACGAGCAGGGAAUAGUGAAACCGGUUUUCAUCCACCUAAUGAUGACUUAAAUUUGGGUCAGAACAAAAUGGAAUGGUGGGUAAUAAUCUCGGCGCUGGUCUCCGUGCUCACGUUGGCCUACUAUCUUUUAACGAGAAACUUCGACUUCUUCGUGAAACGCGAUAUUCCUUGCUUCGAGAGGAACCCACUGCUAGGCAGCAUUUGGAACAUGGUGCUUCAGCGAUGCUCGUAUGCCGAAGUGGUCAAGGAGGCAUACAACGUGAACCCCGAGGCUAAGUACGUGGGCUGCUUCGACCUGAUCGCGCCAGUGAUCAUGAUCAGGGACCUGGAGCUCGUCAAAUCGGUCACCGUGAAGAACUUCGAGCACUUCCCGGAUCACAGGUCCCUGUCGACAGAGAAGUCGGAACCAAUGUUCAGAUUCGCCCUUCGUGGUGACAGGUGGAAGGAAGUACGGAACAUCCUGAGCCCAGCCUUCACCUCUAGCAAGAUGAAGCUGAUGUUCGUGUUGAUGAACGACUGUGCCAAGGAAUACGGGAACUACCUGGCUAAUCUGCAAGAAGACGAGGCUACCAUGGAUCUAAAGAACGUGUUCACGAGGUACACCAAUGACGUCAUCGCCAGCUGCGUGUUCGGUGUGGAGGUGAACUCGAUGAAGGAUCCGGAGAAUAAGUUCUACGUGUAUGGCAGAGAGGCUACUAACUUCGGAGCAUCGCCAUCUUUGAAGUGCUUCGUGAUAAAAUGCUCUCCAUGGCUGGCUGAUCGGUUGGGUAUCACCAUCAUCAGGCCUGAGAUCAUGAACUUCUUCAAGGACAUGGUGGAAACCACGAUAAAGACCAGGGACGAGAAGAACAUCGUUCGUCCGGAUGUGCUUCAACUGAUGAUGGAGACCAGAGGGAAAAUGGAACCGGGGAAGGAACUGACUCUCAUAGAUAUAAUGGCUCAGGCGUUCGCCUUUUUUUUCGGUGGAUUCGAGAGCACCUCUACUCUCAUAUGCUUCGCUGCUUACGGAGUGGGUGUCGACGAAGAGAUCCAAAGGAGGCUACAGGCUGAGAUCGACCAAGUUCUGAAGGAGUGCAAGGGAGAAGUCACGUACGAGGCUAUCAACGAAAUGCAGUACCUGGAUGCUAUCCUCUACGAGAGCCUCCGGAUGUACCCUGCGAUUGUCGCUACUGACAGAGUGUGCGCGAAACCGUUCGAACUGCCACCACAUCUGCCAGGAGCAAAGCCACACGUCGUGCAGAAGGGUGAUUGCCUGUGGAUACCGAUCUAUGGGAUCCAACACGAUCCAAAGUAUUUCCCAGAGCCGGAGAAGUUCAAUCCUGACAGGUUCAACGGUGAUCCUAAGCAGUUUCUCAACGCUGGGUCGCUGAUAGCCUUCGGUAUGGGGCCCAGGAUGUGCAUCGGUAACAGAUUCGCGUUGCUGGAGUCGAAGGUGUUGCUGUUUCACAUAUUCGCAAAGUGUGAUCUCGUUCCCUGCUCGAAGACACCCAUACCGAUGAAGUUGAGCAAGAAAGGGAUCGCUGUGACUGCUGAGAACGGGUUCUGGUUCAAGAUCCAACCGAGGAGCGACAAGAUAGCUGGAGUGGAGAAAAUUGCGGUUCCUGGAACGACGAUGCUCAUCGAUAAAAUACCCGAUAGAUACCCUGAUAAUUAAAUUCGUAGAAGAUCGGUAUGACGUCGAUGAUUCGAGAUUCGGAGUAGUACUUGUGUUCUAUAUCUAUCGUGUGACAAGUGUAUCUUAUAAUUCUAAUAUUCGACGAGAACUGAUGACGAGUUACGCUCAUUAUGGCAGUGCACAGGAUUUUAGUAUUCGUAGAUAGGAUUAUGACUAUUUCAUUAAUUAAUUUGGAAAUAAAACUGUGCAAUAGACAGAUAACUCUACUUUGGCAACUAUGGCUUUCGAAUAUGCUCGUCAUCAGCGCUGUUAGCUAAUAAUUAUUUCCUGAUCUUGAUUUUUACUGUAGCCUUGGCGAUCCUACCUUCGUAUAGGUUUACUAUGCACGCAAUUUAUGUGAGAAAAUAAAUAAAAUUUCUAUUUAUACAUUGUCGAGGUUUAAUACAGCAGCGAUUGUUUCCUCUGGAGAAAACAUGAUCUUCGUCGAGAUCGAAUGUCAAGGUAUUAGGUUUGUAUUUCCGAAUAGAUCAAGUAAUAUGCUGCUGCGCGUUAUACGAGCAGUUCGAAGAGUUAUUGAUACGCAGAAAUAUUGUUUACUUAAAUUCCACGACAAUAUCUGAUUGUGGAUUUCUGAUUAGAUUAACACCGUGUACUUAGUGAUUAGAGGUAAGGAAUAAAGUCACGAUUAGCGAAUUUUUGUACACUUUGUUCUCCGAGAGACACGUAUUAAUGUUAAAAACAAGAUGGGAAGAUAACAUCUUGCACGUCUGGAAACAAUAAGCUUUGUUUUUAUACGUCUACAAAGAAA